AUGGAAUCAAUAUCUCGCACACGUCUUUCCACUAAUAUUCCUCGUUUAACCCGUGCCCUGCUCCAUCACCGACAUGUCACCACAUCCACCCAGUCGCAAUUCAAAUCCAAAAAGGAAGGGGAUAUUUCAUCUGUCUUCGUCUCUUUAUCCUCGGGCGCCGUCGAGCCUCUACCUGAGCGGUUUGCAGACGUCAAGAGACAAUUAGUAGGUGGUCGUGAAGGGAAAAUAUCGGCCAGUUGGCGACGACUCCUCAAAGCGCUCGAGCAGGAGGUGGAGACGAUCUCCACCAGGGGACCAGCGAUCAUCCCAACGAUCAAGUAUGAGGAGUUGGAUGCGAAUCUUCCAGAUUUCCAAGCAGAUUUGAAGAAGCGGGGAGCUGCCGUGAUCAGAAACGUUGUGCCCCAGUCGGAGGCGCGAGCAUAUAAAGAAGAAAUUGAAAGAUAUGUGAAGGCUAAUCCCUCCACAAAAGCAUUUCCCCAAGAUGAUCCCCAGGUCUUUGAACUGUAUUGGUCAGCUCCUCAAGUACGGGCUCGGGCACAUCCAAACCUUCUUAGGACGCAGCGGCUCCUCAUGAAUGCGUGGCACUCAAAAGACCCUGACGCACUAAUUUCCACAUCCUCUCCAGUUAGUUACGCUGAUCGGCUGAGGAUUCGCCAGCCUGGCGAUGCUGGAUUUGCACUUGGCCCCCAUAUCGAUGGUGGUAGUGUGGAGCGCUGGGAAAAAAGUGGCUAUGGCCUUUCCGAUCUGUAUGACAAGGUUUGGGAAGGCGACUGGGAGAAUUACGACCCCUGGGAAUCCAGCAGCAGACUUCCCGUCGUCUCAGACCUUUACGAAGGUGCUGGGGCAUGUAGUAUGCUCAGGAUGUUCCAAGGCUGGCUUAGUAUGUCUCGAACUAGGCCCGGAGAAGGGACUCUUCAAGUCAACCCGAUGGUCAAGUUGACGACGGCUUAUACCUUAUUGCGACCUUUCUUCCGAUCAAUCCGGCCAUUUGAAGUUGAUGGCUCCGGAAAACCUACAAGAGAAUAUCUUGACGCGGCUAACUGGGAGCUCGAACCCCAAUACACCGCCACUCUCCAAGGUGCGAAUCCGGGCCACAGCCAGGAACUGAACGAGGAGCUGCACCCGCACCUGCAAUUGUCAAAAUCCAUGAUUCACGUUCCAGAUAUUGAGCCAGGUGAUUAUGUCGUCUGGCAUUGUGACACUAUUCACGCAGUGGAUAAAGUUCACAAUGGGAAAUCUGAUUCAAGUGUGCUUUACAUCCCAACUUGCCCCCUUACUGAGAGCAAUGCCCGCUAUCUCAGUCGGCAACGUGAUGCAUUUAUGCAAGGAUCUCCUGGCCCUGAUUUCCCUGGCGGUCGUGGGGAAAGCGAGCAUGUUGGUCGGCCAGACGCCACCUACAUUAAGAAGGUAUCGGACAACACGGGACUGCAAGCGAUGGGUUUUAAAAGCUGGCAGGGAGAUGAGAAGCUACAGGGUAAAGGAGAGAGGAAGAUGCUCAGCAGGGCAAAUGACAUUUUGGGCUUUGAUGCCUCUGUGUGA